UUAAUAUCAGUGUCGCCACAAGGUCAACCAGAAGGUCGUGUUUUUCGUCCACUUGAAGUCAGCUGAUCAUGGCAUCAUCUAUAAACAUCCUCAAAGCCGACUCUGUUCUUCGUCUCAGUACUUUUCUAAAACGUUGGAAACCGGCAUGGCUAGUUCUUUAUGGCAAUGGUGAACUACGGUACUUCGAUAGUAAGGAUGAUUAUAUAGCAAAAGCAACUAUUAAUGUUCCACGAGUAUGCAGAGAAAUUAUAUCUGGUCGCAGAAAUAUUGAUCCACCAAAAGAUCGUUCUAUCGAGUGCGUUUUUGGCCUCAAAACAGAUGAAUCUGAUUGGUAUUUCUGCGCUCAGUCACCUGAUGAUGCAGUGGUAUGGCGUCUUGCUUUAUCUGAAGUAAAAGGAAUGUCUGUACCUCGUUAUCGAGUUCAUAUGCCGCCCCCAGGAGCUCCGCCUCCAGGAUAUACAGAUGGUGUGAACUAUUAUCAAUAUGCAUGUCCUGCUGAAACUACAGUUCCUUUAUAUCAAGCUUCUGGGAGAACGCAAGACGUACCAAUUAUCUAUCGUGGUUCAGAUGGGGAAUAUAUAAUGCCUCGACAAGUUAUUGAACAUCCAGAUGGAUCACGUACAAUUAUUCUUGGUGAUGGAAAUGAAAUUCCAUGUCAUUGUCGACAUGGAUAUUAUUGUGGAUGUGGUUAUGGUGGUGUGGGUGAUGCAGCUUUAUUAGGUUUAGCGGCUGGUACACUGAUGUGGUCUCCUUUCUUAUGGUUUCCAUUUUUUUGGUGUUAAGUAAUUAUGUUGUAUUGUCAGUUAUUUUCUCUUCCUUCCUUCCUUCCUCACUCACUCACUCACUCACUCACUCACUCACUCACUCACUCACUCACUCACUCACUCACUCACUCACUCACUCACUCACUCACUCACUCACUCACUCACUCACUGACACUCACUCACACACGCACAUUGAAUGAGAUCGAUUUUACUAUUAUGUUGUUUCACACUAUCAAUGGUUACAUUCAAUUGUUAUUUUAUCAAUGAUAAUGUCGUUAGUUAGUUAGUUGGUUAGUAAACAAUUUUCAUGUCAUAAAUUGUAUUAUUUUGUUGUUUUAGUUGUUGUUGUUGCUCUUUUUUGUCAUUUAACUCUUUCUUUUUCCCGCUCAAUUUGUUUAACUUUAUUCAAAAUGAUAUUCAGGUGUUUUGUUUUUUUGUUAUCUAAUUGUAAUUUCUAUUUAUUUUGUUCUUGUUCAUUUUGUUAUCUACUUAUUUCAUGAUAUCAGUAGUACAAGACUAUUUUUGAAUACUUUGGUUUUAUGAAUUUGAUGGUGUUUGGUUUUUUUUUGUUUCAUAAUACUAAUACUACUACUAAUAAUAAUAAUAUUGUUCUCUACAGCA